AUGGCAUCCACGGAGUCUCCGUCUGGUGCGAACCACAUUGACGACCAAGGCCUCAGCGAGUCCUUGAAUCAGCUCAAUGUCGGUGAUCCUCAAAACGACGGCCCGAAGACCGAAGAGGAAUAUGCGCAAUCCAUACUGACCCUCCGUGCUAUCGUCUCAACCAAAGAAGCUGGUGUCAUCAUCGGCAAAGCUGGGAAGAACGUUGCCGAUCUCCGCGAAGAGACUGGAGUCAAGGCGGGAGUUAGCAAGGUCGUUCAAGGUGUCCACGAUCGUGUCUUGACCGUUACUGGUCCACUAUCCGGCAUCUCAAAGGCAUAUUCACUCGUGGCCAAGGGUCUGCUCGAGGGUGCACCUCAGAUGGGCAUGGGUGGCGUGGUUCAAAACAAUGGCACUCAUCCCAUCCGUCUUUUGAUCUCCCACAACCAAAUGGGCACUAUCAUCGGCCGCCAAGGACUCAAGAUCAAGCACAUUCAGGAUGUGUCUGGAGUUCGCAUGGUUGCCCAGAAGGAGAUGCUCCCGCAAUCCACCGAGCGCAUUGUCGAAGUUCAAGGUACACCCGAAAGCAUUGACAAAGCCGUGUGGGAAAUCGGAAAGUGCUUGGUCGACGACUGGCAGCGUGGCACUGGUACCGUGCUCUACAAUCCUGCUGUUCGCGUUCAAGUCGGUUCUGGUCCUCUCCCUCCUGCAGUCGCCACUGCUGGAAUUACAGCCAGCAACUACGGUGGCGGGGGUGGUGGUCGAUCCUACAACCGUACUGGCAACGGUGCAGAUUUUAGUGAAACGCGCACCUACAACCGCAACAACGACAUGCCACGUGGAGGGGGUAUUCCUGUGGUUACUGAGGAUGGCGAAGAAGUCCAGACCCAGAACAUCAGUAUUCCCGCCGAUAUGGUCGGCUGCAUCAUUGGAAGAGGUGGUUCCAAGAUUAGUGAGAUCCGCAAGAGCUCCGGCGCUCGCAUCUCGAUCGCCAAAGCUCCUCACGACGACACCGGCGAGAGGAUGUUCACCAUCAUGGGGAGUGCCAGCGCCAACGAACGAGCCUUGUAUCUUCUCUACGAGAAUCUUGAGGCCGAAAAAGGACGUCGGCAGCAGGUCUCCUCCGAGUGA